AUGCCUCGCCGGGGCAGUUCUCUAUAUAUCCGCAACAUCCCAGAUUCGUGCCGGUAAUUUUUCUUGAGAUGCUUGAUCAUUAUAACCAGACACGAGGACUUACGUCGGACCUUUGGUCGCUUUGGCCCAAUAGUCGACGUAACUAUACCCACUGACUAUUACUCUGGUCGCAUGAAGGGGUUCGCCUUUGUUGAAUAUCCUUUUCGGUAAAACUAGCCCCAUCAUUAUCUUUUUAUUCGCACUACGAUUACCACGUCGAUUGAUAUUGACGUUUCUCUUUUCUCAGUAUUGCCAAUACACGUUCAACUGAAGUUCAAUACAAUCAGUUGACUACAAUACAGCGAGUUCAGUACAAUACAGUACAUGCAGUCUCUUUCGAGUUCACCACAAGCAUCCAAGUGCAGUACUUGAUAGCCAAGCAGACAACCAAAGUAGACAACGGCUUUCGAGUCCAGUUCACCCAAUAGCCACCAAAAUUCAAAGCUGUGCCGGUGCCUCAAGUAGCACCCAAGCGGUUACUGCUUGGACAUGCAAUCAAUCCUAGACAUCUUCGCCAGUCAUAGGGAGAACCAGUCAAGGGCCGGGUCCAUAAUCCUACCUCAGUGCAAGUAUUCCUGCCCCACUCAACUGCAAUGCAAUGCAGCACUAUCCGAUUUGUUUAACAAGGAAGAUGUUUGGUGAGUGUCUUUCCUAAGGCCAAAAUGUCUUCCUUGACUUGCCGAUUGCCUUCGCACGUUUGAGGACCCUAGGGAUGCCGAGGAUGCCCACCGCAACAUGGACCAUAGUCGAUUUCUAGGCCGUCGGAUCGAGGUUGAGUUCACAAGAGGCGUCCGCAAGAGUAAGCAUGUUUGAUUUCCUAAUUAUCAUGCUCGACCAGCACCAGCUGAAAUGCGUGGCCGAGACCGCCGGAAUGAAUCCAACUACCGAAGGAGGUCACGGUACGUUUGAUCUUUUGACAUUGUAUUAAUUAACAAGACAGUUUAGAUGAUCGUAAUAAGCCCCUCUGGCCCAUAGCCUAUCAGGGUCGAUAUAUUCUCCACACCGAUCAAAAUUUGUUAUCAAGUUCGUUCAAGCUCAAGAGUAGUCUCGGGGGUCUCGAUGGUAGCCCUAUUGUAUUUGAGGACGUUUAGUUUUCGUUUUACCUUACCAACAGUGAGCUUGUUUUGGUAUUUCACAGUAGAAGAUAGACCAUGCAUGCGACGUCUAGUGGCUAGUACACUAUUUGCCGGAAACGACUGGGCGCCGGGUAGAACAGUCCUCAUCAAACACAGGCCCCGGCGUUAGUAGAUCACUGGGUACGAGUAAGCAAUCGCAGCAGUACUUGGAAGUGUUGGAAGUGCAAAGCGUCAAAGUAUGACGACAGUCUCCAUAAAAUCUAACAUUUCGUUGCACAUACUCGCUGAGGUUCCUGUGCCGUGAGUUUUACCGAUUGCAGCGAAAACUAGUAUGAAUGUCCUUUUGGGGUUUCGUCGCCUUACCCGGUGGGGUCCGACGUAACUUCCUGAAAGGUGCGACGUUAACACUUAUGCAUCCUGCUAUUUCUAGGAGCUUUUGUCCCUUUAUAUCCGCCCACAUCGCUGCGCUCAUAAGAACGAUCACCCUCUGCAGUAGUUUUAGUCGAAACAACUGGUUCCACCUAUAGCACGAUCCACAAAGCUCCUCAUAUAUAUAAGCUACAAGUCGCCAGCGCAAGUUUUUCUCAAAUGUGGUAAUCCGACAAGCCUGUAGUGCCAGAAUUCGUUUUUUGUGGCAGCCUGAAAUUCUGGUCCUUCAUGAAAUCAAGUGCUAUGUUGUUCCUAAGUGCAAUUGUUGCACGAUUAACACGUUACAAGUAACGGUGAUAUACCGGCUUUGGCAAUAGGAGCCGAUGUUCAUGGACAGCGCCAACACCAAAGACGUACUUUGGCGUUUCGCGUAGAUUUCGGCCAUGACAUGCUAGACCUCGUUAGCUGCCUCCGCACGCCUGAGUAUAACUGGGUCUUGCGCACUGGCUUGAUUAUUCCUGGUAUAAUAACAAAACAGAAGACCCACGAGACAGCUAGUGACGACUGCCUGCCAGCGCAAAUCAACAGAUGUUGUUAGACUGAGUCACGCGCUGCACUACGCUACCUGCCGACCAAACUUCGGGAAACUAAGACUGCCAGCAGACUGCAGUAACGCCGUUUCGCGGAUCUCCAACGAAACCUAUGGGUUGUUUUGUGAGAAACGGCGCCGUUAAAAUCUCCACUGUUCACAAUUGUCUCUGCCCGUUACGAAACAUGCGAAUGAGUGUGUAGAUGGUGUUCCGGAAACUUGCUCUACGGUGCGGUAUGACGCUUGUGUACUAAAUUAUACCACUCUACGGAUUUUGUGUUCCCGCCUCCUGAUUAAUUGCCAGGCGACUUUGGUUUUUGAGAUUAAGUAACUCCAUUUUGUGGUUAUCCUAGAUCGCCAUCAUUCAGUCCUCGACGGGGCUCUCGUCGUUCAAGGAGCAUUUCGCGAGGGAGUGAAGGGAUCCGGCGGGAUUACCGCGACUUUUCAGUGUCAAGGUCUCCCUCUAGGUCUCCAGGGUUACGGAAUGGUUCAAAAAUGA